AUGGUGUUUCGAUAUCCAGUUCCCUUUUCAAAUGGAAAUGGUACUGUUAAUUAUGUCCCUUUGCCUAUUCGAGAUGAUGGUGAUGUAAGGAUAAUGUUCACCGUUGUCGCACAAUCUCCUCCUCCAAAUACUAUUGAAAUGUAUUGUCAAACUUCUUCCAUUGAUUAUCACCCUGUGCCUAGUAGCUUUACUACCCCAUUGCAUAUUGAAAGUCUAGGUCCAAGUCAACAUAUGGUAGAAAAUAACACAUCUUCCCCUAAGUAUAUGCAAAGUUAUGAUAAUGAUAUGGAACCUACAGUUAGGGUAGAUAUGGCAGGGGUUACUGAGUCAAUUGUAAUGACAGUUGGAAAUUAUGUUGAUAUUUUACCUGGAAAUGAUGAUGACAAUGUAGAGUUAUUUGAUGAAGAUGAUGGUAAUGAGGAUAUUAUGGACAUGGAGGAUAAUGAAAAUACAGAAAAUGAUGCAUCAUUGCUAGGUGGUGGUGAACAUGAUGUCCCUUCCCCAAUAUUUAGAGAAUUGAAUUGGGAUGUAAUUAACUCCAUCGCUGACAAGGAUUUAAUAGCACGCACUGGCUUAUGGAAUGAAUCAGAUGAAUUGUUUAAGGGUUUGCGGUUUGAGAGUAAGGUAGACUUACAAUAUGCUGUUAAACGUUAUUCUAUAUGUAGGAAUCAACAUUUGAUUGUUAUUGAAUCUGAGCCAGAUAUUUGGGCUGUAAAGUGUAAAAAAUGGUCUGAGGGUUGUAAUUGGAGGCUUCGUGCAUGUCGUCGUAAAUGUCAUGGUUUGUUUGAGAUAACAAAGUACAUAGGUCCUCACACUUGUGUUUACCCUAAACUAUCACAAGACCACUCACAAUUAGACUCAACCUUCAUUGCACGAGAAGUUCAAAAUGUAGUCCAAAGUGAUCACACAAUUUCAAUUGCUGCAUUACAUCAAAUAGUGAAAGAUAAAUUUGGUUAUAAUGUUCAUUACAAGAGGAUUUGGGAAGCAAAGAGGAAAGCAAUGAUAAGGAUAUUUGGUGAUUGGGAUGAAUCUUACCAAACUUUACCUAGGUGGAUGAAUAUUGUUAAACUUACUAACCCUGGGACUAAGGUUGUUUGGAAGACAUCAUUACUAGCAGGUUGCAAUGGAAAUGUACGUUUUAUGCGUGUGUUCUGGGCUUUUGGGGCAUGUGUUGAAGGAUUUAAGCAUUGUAGACCAAUAAUACAAAUAGAUGGUACUUUUUUAUAUGGAAAAUACAUAGGAAAACUUUUGAUUGCAACAUCAAUCGAUGCUAAUGGUCAUAUCUUCCCUCUAGCAUUUGCAAUAGUUGAAGAGGAAUCAUCAGAUAGUUGGUCUUGGUUUCUUUAUAUAUUAAGGACUCAAGUCACACAAAGAGAAGGCAUAUGUCUUAUUUCAGAUCGUCAUGCAGGAAUACAAGCCGCCAUUAGGGAUCCUAGUGUUGGUUGGAGCCCGCCUUAUGCACACCAUCGAUAUUGUCUUAGGCAUGUGGCAAGCAAUUUCAAUGAUAAAUAUAGAAAUAAGAUGUUAAAAGACUUAGUGUAUAGAGCAGGGUCUCAACAUCAACCACGAAAGUAUGAGGCAUGUAUGACUGAGUUAAAACGAUUAGAUGACAAAUGCUUAGAAUGGUUUAAGAGGUUGGACACAAAGAAAUGGACUUUGGCACAUGAUGGAGGACAUCGGUAUGGGUGGAUGACUACAAAUAUUGCUGAAUGCAUAAAUGGAGUGCUCAAAGGGGCUAGAAUGUUGCCUAUCACUGCUCUUGUUCGAUUAACUUUCUAUCGUUGUGUUUCAUAUUUCGAGACUCGUCGAACAGAGAUACAAACUCAAAUGGCAAAUGGAGAUUUGUAUACUUCCUAUGCCAUUAACAAAAUAACAAAAUAUCAAUCAAGGGCUAAUGGACACACUGCCAAUAUUUUUCACCGUUCAAAUGAGAUAUUUGAAGUUACAACUGCUCCCCAUGGGUUUCAUAUGGAUAAAGGAAACAAUAUACAAAUUGUGAAGUUGAAAGAAAGAACAUGUACUUGUAAUAAAUGGCAAUCAUUUGGUAUACCAUGUUCACAUGUGUUGGCUGUAUGUGCACGUGCAAGGAUUGAUAGUUGGCAAUUUGUUGACAAACAUUAUAGGAUGGAUGUAUAUGCUUGUUGCUAUACACCUCAAUUCAAUCCAAUUCCACAUCAAGCAUAUUGGCCAGAGCCUAAUUUUCCAAUUGUUCAUCCUAAUCCAAAUCUAGUACGUGAUAAAGGAAGACCAAGAUCUUCAAGGAUUAGGAAUGAAAUGGAUUGGAGAGAACCAAGUGUUAAAUUGCGAUGUGGGCUUUGUAAACAAGAGGGUCACAAUCGGCGAAAAUGUCCUAACAGAGGGGAGUCUUCUAACACAACCGCUCAAUGA